CUCUCGCAGAUUCCAACAGUUCGUAUUACGCUUUGAAUGAGACCAACAGUGCCAAUUAAUUAGCACAGCAGACGACCGGUAGGCUUAUUCACUCAGGCAUACCUGAUCAGAACUGACAAUUUUGCGUCUGGCCUUCGCGUUCAACGCGUCUUUUCAUAAAAAUGUCUUUCGGCGACCAACCGCCUUUCUCUACAGAAAACACAGUCCCUCCUAAGCAAUUGCAGACGAGUGCCAUAGAGAAAGAGGUGCAGCGAUGCGACGAUGAACUUUUCCGUCUCUACACCUUGGUGUCGCAACGAGAAACUGAACGGAGGGAACUCCAGUUAAACGCGGAUAAAUGCAUCUCCAUCUUGGCCCCCAUCAGGCGCCUUCCAAACGAGAUGUUAUCAGAAAUCUUCGCUCAAUGUUGCAAGGAAGCCGAUGAAAGCGUUAAUUUCAUGAACGCACCGCGGACUUUGAACGCACUGAUAAUCUCCCUGGUUUGCUCCCAUUGGCGUAGAUUGGCAAUUUCAACAAAAAGCCUGUGGGCGGUAUUUUCUAUCAAUCCAACGACGCCAUCCACCUUCACGCUGCAGUGUCUCCGGGCGUAUAUGUCCCGCGCAGGCGAUGCUCCACUCACUAUCCAAGUCCUAAAUACUUACCGAGAUACACCCGCUAGGGCCGGUGCAUUCCAGUGUUACCGUGUUCUCUUUGACGCUGCUCCCAGGUGGCGGAUAUUGGGAAUAGGAUCUAUUCAUUUUGGCCAAAGGCUCUCGCAUGUCAAGCAUCAUCUCCAGGACUUGGAAGGGUUGAGUCUUAACGCGAACUGUCUUCUCGCAGCACCAACGGACAUCUUCGCAGACGCUCCCAAACUUCGCAUCUUGAGUGUCAAUGUAACCCCGGAGCUUAUUUCCCACACAUUUCCUUACAACCAAAUCACCAAUUUAUCAAUGUAUAAUCAGUGUCAACAUCGAUUUUUCAUCAACUUUCUUUCGAAAUUUCCACAAGUACGAAACCUGGAAUUCGAAGGCAACAUUGACGACUUUAGCAAGCUCGAGACUCCGAAGACUGACUUGGUUGUACAAACUCUCUACAUCGGCAACGUCGAAAUCAUUCCCCUCCUCAUCCGUGCCUUCACAUUCUUGCAGCUCAAAUCGAUCACCCUGACCUGCAAUGACACCGCGGAAUUGCCCAGAUUUGUGCGCGUACACAAACAAUUCCUUGAAUUGUUGGAGCAGCCUCUGCAAGGGCUAAACGUACUAGUCCUUGAAGAGAUCGAAAUUGGAGACCAGGAAAUGAUAGCCAUCUUAAGGCUGACACCCAGUCUUACCGAGCUGUCUAUACAGACGACCGAUGUCGACCUCGCAGAAAACAUGGAGAAUUGCAAGACGCUGAGGAAGGAUUUCGUCCGAUCACUUAUCUUCUGUCCGCCUAUCAUCCAAUCGCAGCGUCCCUCGGUCCCCAAUUUGCUGCCGAAACUCACGUCUCUGGACCUCGGGUUGAAUCCAUCGCCUAACAUGCAUGAGGCGCUGGUCGAUAUGCUUACCUCGCGUUGGCAUCCUCGCGCGCUGGCGUCCGUGCACGGACGUGUUUCGUGCCUGGACUGUGUUAUUCUGCGGCAUAUUGUCAAGCCAGAGCAUACCACGAUAGUCAGUCAAUUGCAGGAUCGGGCGGGAAAAGAGCAUCACUUCCGGUGGUUGGACUCCAGCACGUUGUCUUUGACAAGGAAGCGCAAAUAGAGAACAUGGAAUGGACCCUUUCUAUUAGUAAUUAGUUGCAGUCGCAACCUCGGCUAGCUGGUAAUACCCCAUAUUUCCUGUAUAUCGUACUCUAUAGAUAUCCUGUAGUUAUAAAGUAACGUACACUACACUAUACGAGGAUCGUUCGCG